GCCCGUCUCUCCCAAGUUCGCCGCUCUGCCGCGGCCCCUCCGGAGCGGCUGGCUGCGGGCUGCCCCUGCCCCGCUCCCGGCGCUGCCCGCGGCGGGGCGGGCGGGGACAGCGAGGAGCCGAGGCAACCCAGGGAGCGGCCCGCCGCCCCCGGGGAGGCUCUGCUCAGGGGAGCAGUGGAGGGAGGCGGCUGGCACAGGCGCCGGGCUCCGCCGCCCGCCCCCCGGCACCGCCGCCGUCUGCCCAGCGCUGGCAGCCCCGGGAGAUGGUGACACAUGAAGCGUGCGGGAAGGACCAUGGUUGAGAGGACCAGCAAGUUCUUGCUGAUCGUGGCCGUUUCGGUGUGCUUCAUGCUUAUCCUGUACCAGUACGUGGGGCCGGGGCUGAGCCUGGGUUCCCCCAGCGGCCGCUCCUACGCGGAGGAGCUGGACCUCUUCCCCACGCCGGACCCGCACUACGUGAAGAAGUACUACUUCCCCGUGCGGGAGCUGGAGCGGGAGCUCGCCUUCGACAUGAAGGGCGAGGACGUGAUCGUCUUCCUGCACAUCCAGAAGACCGGCGGCACCACCUUCGGCCGCCACCUGGUGCAGAACGUGCGGCUGGAGGUGCCCUGCGACUGCCGGCCCGGGCAGAAGAAGUGCACCUGCUACCGCCCCAACCGCCGGGAGACCUGGCUCUUCUCCCGUUUCUCCACGGGCUGGAGCUGCGGGCUGCACGCCGACUGGACCGAGCUCACCAACUGUGUGCCGGGAGUGCUGGACCGCCGGGAAAGCGCCGCCGCCAAGACGCCCAGAAAAUUUUACUACAUCACACUGCUGAGAGACCCCGUAUCUCGUUACCUCAGCGAAUGGCGUCACGUCCAACGAGGAGCUACUUGGAAGACCUCCUUGCACAUGUGUGAUGGCAGGACACCAACUCCUGAAGAGCUGCCAUCGUGCUAUGAAGGCACGGACUGGUCAGGCUGCACACUGCAGGAGUUCAUGGAUUGCCCGUAUAAUUUGGCCAACAACCGCCAAGUGAGGAUGUUGGCUGACUUGAGCUUAGUGGGCUGCUACAACAUGUCUUUCAUCCCAGAGAACAAGCGAGCACAGAUCCUGCUGGAGAGCGCAAAAAAGAACCUCAAAGACAUGGCCUUCUUCGGCCUGACAGAGUUCCAGAGAAAGACUCAGUAUCUGUUUGAGAGAACUUUUAAUCUGAAAUUCAUCCGGCCCUUUAUGCAGUACAACAGUACCAGGGCAGGAGGGGUGGAGGUGGAUAACGACACCAUCCGGAGGAUUGAGGAGCUCAAUGACUUGGACAUGCAGCUCUAUGACUAUGCAAAGGACCUCUUCCAACAGCGCUACCAGUACAAACGGCAGCUAGAGAGGAUGGAGCAGAGGAUAAAGAAUCGGGAAGAGAGGCUUCUUCACCGGUCCAAUGAAGCACUUCCCAAGGAAGAGACCGAAGAGCAAGGACGCUUGCCCACUGAGGACUACAUGAGCCAUAUUAUAGAGAAGUGGUAGCCUAGGCAGACUUUUAUAUUAAUGAUAUUCUAGGGUUUCCAUAUAAAAGAUCAUGGAAGUAAAAUUACAAAAACAACAAAAAAUAUUUUAUUUAAAAGCAAGUCUGUAAAACAGAAGAUAGAUUGCUUCCUUAAGCAUAGGGUCUUUUUACUGUUUCUUACAAGACCGAUGAGAUUCUUAAAAAAAUAAAUACAUAAAAAUAAAAAAAGGGUCAACAUUAUAAUGCAGAGGUAAAAAAUGCACAAAUGCAGUUACCCACUCUUAAGGCCAAAUACAAAAGAAUGUUUCUUAUCCUCACAAUUCAAACACAAAUGGCAGAAGUAGGAUUUUUUAAAUCUGUUUAUCCCCUGAGCAUAAUGGUAUAAAGAUACAUAAUUAAAAAACAAGGAAACUGAGGUUUUCUUUUCUGGGUGUUUUUGGAGGUGGGAUGGGAAUUGCAUUGCUUGUAGGUAAACGAUAACGGUGAAUAAGUUGAAGAUGUGCUAUCCUGUCAGGCUGCGAUCUGAGCACAAGGGUGGUCACUUGGUUUCAGCUGGCAGCCACUGCCAGAAAGUAGAGAACCAUAAAAAUAAAAGAAGAAAAACAUCAGAGGAUGAGAAACAUUAAAGCAAAUUGACUAUGGCCUAGGAUAUGUACUUAGCACAGUGGUUUUGAUACAUUGCACUGGUAUCACAUAUACAUAUGCGACUUCAUCGCAAAAAUAAUAGGGAAUUCAUGCACAGAGCUCCCAGAUUUGUUUCACAGGCAGGUCCCAAAACAAGUUAAAAGCCGACCAAAUUCCACAUAGGCUCAAACGUGCACUCACAUGCCAUUCUGUCACCCUACGCAACUGCCGCUCAUGCCUUCAUCAGUAUUUUGUGUUAACAGCACAUGAAAACCCUGUCCUACAUACUAAAAAAAAGGAAGAAGUAGUUAAAUAGCAAUACUCCCUUAUAAAUCUGCACAUCAAGUUCCAGGAAGACCCUGCAUAUAAUCAGUCAUUAAUGGGAACAUGAUGAGGGGGUGAUUUUGUUUUGUUUGUUGCUAUGUGAAAUACUGAACUAGAACAAGCAUACAGACAUACCGGUAUCUGUAUUUUUUCAGUUAUUUUUACUUGCUUUUAUCAAGAGAUAAUGGGCAUCAGCCUGCUUCUAGAGAAGUCACUAGAACUGAUUUAAGUGGGAACAGGAUGGGGCUCUUCCAGAGCUGUGAAAAUGUCUGACUAUGGGUCUGAAUUAAUUAUGAGACAGUGCACAUUGUCUUUUGGCAGAGUGCCUGUUCUGCAGCUCUUACUUUAAAUGAACAAGCUGUGUGCAUAAAACUGGAAAGGGGAAUCAUGGAUAAUGUUUUUUUAGUCUCAGACCACUUUCAAAGCAGAACUCUUUCAAUGCUGUUUUUUAGGGACUCAUGUAAGUUUAAUCCUCCAGUGUGGUGACAGUCUAACCAGGUUCUGCUUACUGACUUUUGAGUCAUAGAACAACAAUGACUUCUCUAAUUCCUCUGCCCACUCACCAAAUUAAAGUAUGGCUUAUUUUCUUGCUGUUGCAAGCACUUCUUUGUUUGGCUGGAAGCAUGGAAAUGAAGCAGUUUCUGCCUGUUUCAUGUCUCACCCCGUUAUUACUCAGCCUGUAAGACCUGAACCAGCUAUUGUUUAGGGUAAACUAUGAACCAAAUGGAAUAUGAUUUGAUUUUCAAAGGCUAUGUUAACUGCAGAUCAAAUACGGCAUUGAAAUCACUGGAGGAGAGGCAGAGAGCUGAUGCAUUCGGCUUUAGCAUGUCGUUUUUACAGUGUCCCUUUCCCAUCACACGAAUCCACUGAAGUGCUGCUUGUUUUGUAUUUUAAUUCGCUCUCUCUGCCUCUGUACACAGUUUCCAACAGUUUCAAAUUCAGACUGAGUUUUGCAAGGAGGUGGCUGCCUUAAGCAGAGGAGCUGCCUUGUUUCUUCUGCAUAUGCCCUGAGGGAUACACCUUGCUUUUGGAGAUGUUCUUCUCCAGAAGAGUGAAGAUGACUAAAAACUUAAGAACAGAAAAUACAAACAGCACUUUGGGCUCAAAUACAACCCUGUUACAGCCCCGAUCCAAAGUCCACCGAAGUUGAAGGAUGUCUUUCCUAUUGAUUUCAGAUGAAUUUUGAUCAGGUCUGCAUCCUGGUGCUGCAAAGUGCCCACAGCCACACUCAUCCAUCUACAAGCACAGUGGCACGUUGUUACCCAUGCAUUCGGCUGGCACCAGUAUUUGCUAGUGGUGUUGCUGUCUUUAAGGUUCUGCCGCAAAAUAGCCCCUGUUCCCAGAGAUGUGUAGCUUGGCCAUAAGCAUUUCCUCCUAGCUGAAAAAUGGGAAGCAAAAUGAAGCAAUUUUCGGUUGUUGGCUUGGGGGCAGAAGGUAUUAAAAAUCCAUUUGCUCAUCUCUGAAUUCCAAGACUGGGAGGAGCUAUGUCUGCUAGUUCCCAGCGCUUUUAUGUGUUGCUGUAAGUAAAGAAAACAUUUAUAUUUAAAAAAUGCAAUUUUACAGGCUGUUUACCCACAAAACCAAUACACAAGAUAUAAAAAGCAACUGUUUUAUAUGCAGCUUCCAGCUUUCCCCAAAGGCUUUUCCCUGUGCAUCCUGCAUUAUGGAUCCAUAAUGCACAAAUGGUUACUGCAGCUAAUCCAUAUUCGAGGUGCACAUCGGUGCAGCUCCGGCAGGGCUGUGCGGUGAAUGCCCAGGCAGGUCUGCGUAUGCCGGCACUGACUUCUGAGAGCCAUUCUGUACCGAAGGCCAAAUUCUGCUCUCAUCUACCGAAGGGUGACAGUAAACAGGACUGUGUAUGAUUAGGACCAGCAUAAUUUGGCCUGGUUGUCCUGAGUUGUUUCUGUGUUAUGGGCUCUGAGUAACCAGCUGGAUUUUAAUGGAUCUGUCUGCAGGGUUCUCUAAAUCAGAGGCAGCCUCUGACCCUAGAAGCAUGUCAGUAGAAGACCUUGUUCCAACAUUUUCUUUGUAAUAUAUUACAGUAACAAGCAAAAGAAAUGAAACUAUCUUGAAAACUGUCUUGUUAACAGUUUCACUUCAACCCACAAAAGGAGGGCUGACCUCAUCUUAGCACUGAGGCAGAAAUUUCUAGAUUCAAAUCCUGCGCCCGGCAAAUGCCUCAGUUCUUCCACCUGUACAUUGGGAAUAACAACUUUACGCACUCUGAAGAGGUACUCCAAGGUAUGAAAAGUAUAGGGCACUUUUUGUAACAGAUUCUAAGUAUGGGAAAUUAAGAGAAUGACCCAAAAGCCGUCCCUCACCCUGGCUGCUGUGCUGGUCUGUUUACGGCUGUAGGCCAUGCGUGCUGUGUGCCAGAGCAUGGGUUGCAGGACGUACCUUCUUCCUUUAGUGGGUUUAAGGGAACUUUUUUAACAUAAUGUGAAUGUAGUUUUUUGUGAUUUGUAUGUACUACAGUUUGAAGUGGUACAAUUUCUUUUAUUUUUAGGACUGAUUAUUUGAUGCUACAAUAACAUGAAAAAUGUGUGUGUAGUUCUAAAAUGAAUGGAGAACAACGGCUUUAAGGCACUCCGGCAGAAGUAGUGGCCAGAUAGUACAUUCUUGUUCAAUAUCUGCCCCUUUCUUCCAAAAUGUUUUUCCUGUGACUUCCAGACGCACUGAGACCUUCUUCACUACAUGACAUGUUUCUUCAGGGGGCCUGUCAAUGCAUCAUGAUCCAGGUCAGGAUAGGUGAGUGCUGGGUACAGCGAGGGCUGGUGCAAGAUUGCGACCUGUCUCUUACUGGAGUUGGUGAGACCAUUCCCCUUGAAUUCAGAUUUUACCUAGUCGGAUGCUUGUCCGUCCCAUGGCGUUUCUGCUGUGGUUCUAGGGAUACCCCAUGAAAAGCCUUUACAAAAGCCGAGGCUGUGUAGGGUAUUUCUAAGGGUUUAUACAGUUAACAGUAUUAGCAUGAGUGAGCAUUUUGGACAGGCAGUUAUAUGGUACCAGGCUAAAGAUGAUGGCUCUUAGCCUCUGCCAUCUUACACUGUGCUGACCCUCGCACAUCCGCAAACGAGGGUGAUGCUCUGAGUGGGGAUUUCCCAGCAGACGCCAUUCCUGCUUUGGGAGGGUGGAAAGGCCAAGACACGCUGUGCAGUGCUAAGAAGGAGAUCUUUUUUGCUUUUAGUCACCUGAACAGUGUUAACUUCACUGCUUGGUGGGCGUUGUUGCUGAAGAAAACUUUUUAUUGCUCAUUUGUGUCAUCCCAGCUAGCUCUGUUGAAGGAGUUUGCCUCCUCCAAAGUUUUCCAGACAGUCAAAUGCCACCUUGUAUCCUACCCAGGUCACAAAAUGCAGGAUUGACUGGUAAGGUUGCAGACCCAGGCUGUCAUGGGGUUCGAAGUCAUCAACAAAAAAAACCUCUCGACAAAGGAUCAGUGUGAAUUCCUGGCUUGCCUGAAUUUCUCCCUUUGUCCCCAACAUUUUGGAAUAAAUGGGGAACACUUCAGGUUGAUGUUUUUGCACCCCAUAGUCCCUUACUUGCUUACAAAACUGGGAUGGCAAUGGAAGGAGCGUAAGGAAGAUCCCAACAAGCUUUUCAAUCCUCUCUCCCAGGGCUGUCCUGUAGGAGCAGAAAGGGCAGCGCAGCUGCUGAGAGUAUGAGCGAGCCAGAAGGACCACCACAGUGGCAGUACAGACACAUGUCAAUUAGGAAAUUUUCACUCUGAGCGCAUCAAAUCACUUCACAGAGACCACUGAACAGCUACAGAAGGUAAUGACUAACAGUACAGAACAGGGCCUGACCGAGAUUUAUAUCCUGGGGUUAAAACCAUCUCUAGCUUCUUACUGGCGUUUAGAGUUACUCAGACCUCCUCCUGUCCCAUAGAAUUUGCCGAAUGUCGCAAAAACACGUAGUGCUACAGGAAUUCACAACACAGACUAUGCUAAACAUUGUAUUUCCAGGGCUAUAGCUUGGAACGCAACUCACACUAUCUGCUGGAUUCAAAUCACAGGGCUGGCUGCGUUACCUUUUUGUUCUUGUUUUCACUAAUAUUAGCAGAUCAUGUUCCAGUGGCAGAAGCGAAUGCAGGAUUCGCUGCCUGCUCAGCAGUAGAGCCAAGCCUUCAAAGCACAGGUCAGCUAGCAGCAGUUCAGGUAAAACAGUGAGCAGUGGAGCUCGUGUCUGCGCACACAAUCUGAGCUAUCUGUGGCUGUUUGUUUUGCCCCAUCUAUAGGAGUUCUGCCAAGGUGAAUGCAGUCCUGAUAAGCACGUGGGUAUUAAAGCCUGUAUUGUCCCAGCUGCAGGUGGUUUUAUCUGUAAUUUUUAGCCAUGCAAGCUGAAAAAAAACAAGAUUUGCAAAUGAGUCUGUCUCAUCCCUCAAAGCCCCGCAAUUCCCCCUCCCUGUUUUCCCCCAGGUGUCAAUUCUGCAGACUGGAUUGAGAGAGUUGUACUAUAAUGAAUAAUUUUAUAUUCAAAUGGUUUACUGAGCAUGAUUUGUUUUGUACAUAUUGGAAUAUGAUUUAACUUAUUUUUAUUGCCCCUUUUCAUCUUUUUUUCAUAAGGAGAAGACAAAAAUCCCCACCCUCUCUCAAUGUGAAGUUCCUCUGUGUUUAUGUGUAGUCUGCCAGGCAAACACACAACAGCCACAGGAUUUCUCACCAUCCCUACUGGUAUCUGAUUUUAUUUUUCAUUGUCAUUUGUUUUUGUCUGAGGCUUUGCUUGGAUUGUCUCUUUCCUCUCUGCUGCACAAUCUGCACAGGGAAGGGAAAGGGCAAUGCAGGCAGGACUUUCUUUUUCUUCCUCUCCCCUUUCUUGUGUGCUUUACCUACCACGGAACUCAGUUCUUAUCUUCUAGGAGUUGUGUGACUGAGGGUAAAAAAAUACAACUGUCCCCCCACCCGCCUUCCAUCCUCCAUAUUGUAGAUCAAACAGAUUCAGCUGCUCUGAAAGUGAUUGUGGCUGGAGUCAUUCCAUUGGGCUGAAUGUGUAUGGUUUGCACUUUUUUUUCCACUUCAGGAACUUAAAAACAACAAGAAAUAAAAGACAACUGUUUAACUUGAGCCAAGUAACACUUAAAGCUUUAUAUAUUUAUUUAUAGCAUCUUACAAAAAGUGUUAAAAGGUUUUUUCUUUUCUUCCACAAGAAAAAUUGGAUUAUAAAAAAAAAAAUCAUCUAAUUGUUUUUGUCUAGAUCAAGAAUGAAUGUUAGCAGAUGAAAUAAACCCUAAAACUGAG